UAGAUUUGUACCGAUACUUGGUAUCUCUCUCCCAUACCGUGUAACCAACACCAGCAACCCGCUUCCAUCGGUUCAUAUAUACCGGCGAGUUUCCGCGGUGCAUUUACAUAGAAAAGAUGAUGAUGCUCGAGGAGGAUGCAAUCGGCAUGGCGAUACUGGACAAGUUCUGCAUUGAGGACAUUUCAAGCCCCAUAGCUGCUCACAUUCUUGACUUCUGUGACGACGGCCUUGGUGAUGGCCACUUUGCUGCGGUGACCACUACCUCCGACCCAUUUCUGGCCUCCUCUGAGGAUGUUUCAUCGUCGACCACUACCACCCCUCCUCUCUGCAACUACAGUGAUGAAACUCCAGUUGCUGCAGCCACAGCCUUCUCCCCAUUACCCUCCUUCGACUCCACUCUGACAGCCCUCCUUGAGCAAGAGCAACACCAUGACCUUGACACCGAGCUCCUUCCCCCCAUUGAUGGCCUUUCAGAAGCAGUAUACUAUCCACCUGCCACCGAGGCGGCCAGCAUAGAGUAUACUAUCCAAAUGGAACUUCCAGAUACCAUUGCUGAACCAGUGAUCCCGACGCAAAUGAGCAGCAGCGCACCUGUCUUGAUGCCACUCUCUUCAGGCUAUGAUGAGUGCUUCACGGUGGCACUGGCUGGAGGGUACAUGGGCCUGGAUGGAACCCUGUAUCAGCAAACAAGAGCAACUCUUCCGAACUGCAAUGCAGGGGCGCCACAAGGAGGAUUCUUCAACAGUGCAAGUAACAGUAGCAACAGCAUGUCAAUGAUUGGCGAGUAUCAGAAGUUGAUGGAAGAUGGACUGACCAGAACAUAUAGCGAUGGAGAUUCCUUGCAAGGGGCAUUUAAUAACACUGCAGACAUGCAGGUGAGACGAAAUAACCAGCACCUGAUAAACGGAUGCAAUGGGAGCCCACCAACAUUACCUCCAACAGAAAUAUCAAACUUGGAAGAUUCCACGUUCAAGGUUGCCCGGUUAUCACCUGAAGAGAGAAAGGAAAAGAUCCAUAGGUACAUAAAGAAACGGAACAAGAGGAAUUUCAGCAAAAAGAUAAAGUACGCUUGUAGGAAAACCUUAGCAGAUAGCAGGCCCCGUGUCCACGGAAGGUUUGCAAAGAAUGAUGAACUUUGUGAAGCAACAAGAUCAAGCUCCCAAAAUCAAGAGCAUUAUGAACAAACUGUAAGUUUUCAGGAGCAUAUGAAAGGAGAAGACAUGCUUGACAUGUCUGAUACUCUUUCCCAUCUAAGUGGGUUAAAUUCUUACAACUACAAGUACAAAUGCACCAUUGAAUCCUGGAUAUAGUUCUCAAGUCUCAACCACACAGACUAAGACCAGUGUUUUGUUUCCAGUCAGUGCGACCAUUAAGCACAGUUUUCCUUUCCGGCAAAAUAAGCUCACAGCAUUAUAUGCUCUCUUGCGGGACAAGUGCUUUAGCUCAAAUAAUGUAGAAUUGGUGUAUGUGUCAAUCUGUUGUCAUUUGUU